AUGGGGAUGAAUAAUUUUUUAUUCGCUCAGUGCAUCCUGUAUUUUCUGGCGUUUCUCUUUGGCUUCAUCGCCGUGGUGCCGCUGUCUGAGAACAGCAGUGAUUUCCAGGGGAAAUGCCUGCUCUUCACCUGCGGGAUGUGGCAGAAUGAGAACAUCACUGUGGAGAAGCAGCGUUUCAUGGUUGAGGAAUGGGGCCCGGAAUCCGCCUGUCAGUUCACCACCUUCAUCGGACUCUUCAGCCUUCUCCUGUCGGCAAUCCAGGCUUGGAGGCUGCUCUUCUACCUUUGCAAAGGACAUGAUGACACUUUCUUUGCAACGUUCCUGAAUCUGCUGGUCAGCACAUUUGUAGUCUUCCUUAUCUUCGUGGCAAGUACUCUGGUUACUGUUGGCUUCAAUAUGUGGUGUGAAGCGAUCACUGAGAAUGGAAGGAUGCCUAACAGUUGUGAAGAAUUGCAAGAUAUUGAUCUGGAACUCCAUUUGGAUAACUCGUCCUUCUACGACCAGUUUGCAAUUAUCCAGUUUGGCUUAUGGGCUGGAUGGGCUGCUUGGAUGGCAAUUACCAUUCUGGCGUUCCUGAAAGUGUAUGACAACUAUAGACAGAAGGAGCUCCUCGAUAGCCUGGUCCAUGAGAAGGAGUUGCUUCUAGCAAGAUCAUCCAGGAGACUAUUAGAGCAAGUUGAGAAAAAUGUAUUGAUUUAA